AUGUUUAGACCUCCAAUAUCUGCUGGUUCAUAUUAUUAUAAUUAUAAAGGGAAUCACUCAAUUGUUUUAUUAGCCAUGUGUGAUUCAGCUUACAGAUUCACUUAUUACAAUUUAGAAAUAAAUGGCCGCAUAAGUGAUGGUGGUGUUUUCCGAGAAAGUAAUCUCAGUGGAGCCCUAGCAAAUAAUUCUUUAAAUUUACCCCCAAAUCGGGCUUUACCCAGUCGAACAUCAAAAAUACCAUAUGUAUUAAUUGCAGAUGAUGCAUUUCCAUUAACCAAUAGGAUUAUGAAACCUUAUCCUAAUAGGGGAUUAUCAGAUUCUGAAAAAAUAUUUAAUUAUAGACUCUCUAGAGCACGUCGAAUGAUUGAAAGCUCAUUCGGUAUUUUAGCUAAUAGGUUUAGAGUAUUGCUGAAUCCAAUAAAUUUAAAUGUAGAUAAAGUAGAAAAAAUCAUUUUGGCUUGUUUAGCGUUGCAUAAUUUAUUAGUUUCAGAGAAUUUUAAAGCAUAUGUAGAACAAGAUGAAUCACAGAUUAUAUUUUCAAAUAGAUUAAGCAAUCAAGCAGGUAAUCGUUUGACAGAUAAUGCUCAGAACAUAAGAAAUGAAUUUAAAGAGUAUUUCAAUAGUAACAGUGGUUCAGUUGAUUGGCAAAAUGCUGCCAUACAGAGAUGUAACAUGUAA